AUGGCCACCUUUACCAAGAUCCCGGAUACUGAGACCCCUGUGGUUUCGGUUAACCACCUUAACAAGAUCGCAAAGAUCAAUGACAAUGUCUAUGGAGGUUUCACAGAGCACAUGGGACGCUGUAUCUACGGCGGUAUUUACGAACCUGGUAGCCCUCUUUCAGACGAGAAUGGCUUCCGCAAGGAUGUCAUUGAAGCCUUCAAGGACCUCAACUGCCCCGUUGUCAGAUAUCCCGGUGGCAACUUUGUAGCCACAUACCACUGGCUCGAUGGUGUUGGCCCUAAGGACCAAAGACCUGUUAGACCUGAACUUGCUUGGCUUGGCGAGGAGAGCAACGAGUUCGGAACUGAUGAGUUUCUGAAGUGGUGCGAGGUUGUUGGCACCGAGCCUUACUUUGCUCUCAACUUCGGCACUGGUACACUUGACGAAGCUCUCGGCUGGUUGGAGUACUGCAACUCUGACAAGAACACCUACUACGCCAAUCUUAGACGCAAGAAUGGCCGCGACAAGCCAUACAACGUCAAAUACUGGGCUCUCGGAAACGAGAUGUGGGGACCCUGGCAAGUCGGUCAAAUGACCAAGGAAGCAUACGCAGACAAGGCCUACCAAUGGGCCAAAGCCAUGAAACUGCUAGACCCGAGUGUAAUCCUCAUCCUCUGCGGAGAAACCGGCUACAGCACCUGGGACAGCUACGUCCUCAAGGAAUGCGUGAAAUGGGAUACUCACACUCUGGGCGGCAGCACAACAGCCUCUCUCAUCGACAUGCACAGUAUCCACAUCUACACAGCUUCAAACGACCACUUGAAGAACGCAACAGCGCCGCGUAGUGCUGAGCGUGCUAUUGAGAUUACUGGAGGCUUGAUUGAUCUGGUGAGAAUCGAGAACAAGGUACCGUAUACGGUUCCCGCACCUACCAUCUGCUUUGACGAGUGGAAUGUUUGGGACCCUGUUCGUGCCCCUGGUGACAUUGGUGCUGAGGAGAAGUAUACGCUUUCUGAUGCUCUGGCUGUCGGAGUCUGGUUGAACGUCUUCAUUCGUCAAGCCAAGUACAUUGGCAUGGCAAACAUUGCUCAGAGUGUCAAUGUCAUUUCUCCUCUGAUGACCACCAAGGAGGGUAUUCUCAAGCAGACGACUUGGUGGCCUCUACUGUUGUUCUCAAAGUACAUGCGCGGCUGGACCGUGGCUGUCAAUGUUCGCUGUGGCGAGUACGAGGGCGAGACCGAGCCCAGCUGGAUCCGUGGUACUAUCGAGACUCCCUGGUUGGAUGUUUCUGCUACCAUCAAUGAGGAGGGCAUUGUCAGUAUGGCUGUCGUCAACGUCAGCGAUAGCAAGGACUUUUCUACCAAGCUUGAGGGUGUCAGCAGCGACUCAGUCACUGUUUACACUGUCACUGGUGAGCACCCCAUGGUUGCCAACACGAACGGCAACGAGGAGGAGGUUGUCAUCAAGGAAACCAAAUGGGACAGCAAGGGCGAGUUCACUUUCCCCAAGCACUCGGUCACGAUGCUCAGAUGGAAGGCUUGA